GUUAGGUAAUCGCAUGUAAACAAAUAAAACUGAGAAAUGGCGUCAACACAAAGGGCGUUUACACAAAAACUAUCUAAGCAACAUGCUGCGGACGUACGUAGAAACGUUGCCUGCACCAAAACCGGUCUUAUAUCGCCGUCGUCUUCGAGCUGGAUGACAGAGGUAGUAGAGCCAUUGGAAUUCGAAGAGUUUCUGAAUGGGUAUCAGAAUUUAAUUGAUCGAGAUCCAUUGAGAGCAAUACUUGAUAUCCCUCCAGGAGAUGUUGAAGUAGAUAUCAUUGAAAGACCUUUAAGAACACUCCAUUCAAUAGUCCCCGAGGAUAAAAUUGAAACUUUGCCUCCCCAUGUACAAGCCUGUGUGGAGUGCUAUAAGUCAUACUGGAAGAUAAUUCGUUACAACCACCGUUCAUUGAGCAGCAGCAUAUCCAGCAAAUCCAAUAUAUGUAAAGAGCUGCAUCCUAGUCAGAAACAGGAGUUUGAGGUUGACUUUCAAGCCCCACCUUCUGAAUCCAGUAGUGAAUUGGAUUUAACCUCACAAGGUAGCAGUAGACAAAGCAUUGUGUCUAUUGCUUCUGUAUCCUCCUGUGGGGACACUUUAACACCAAGGAACUCAUGGGCUUCCCUAGAUCUGAGGCAUUCAGCUGGAGAUCCUCUGAUUCCAGAGAUUCUAGAGCAAUCUGCUCCUGAAGCUUUAGAUCAACUAAAUGAAUCCAGGAGACAGAUUGAAAGGCAGGACACCCUGUUUGAUCUGGCCCCAGCAGAAAUUAGCUUUGAGUCCAGUGAGUCUGUGGAAAAGAGAUUGCCUGCUACAGCCCCCUAUGAACACUUGGGGCAUCGCAUUUUAGUGAAAUGCCAACAGUUGAGUAUGGAAAUUUCAGUUGAGCCCCUCUUUGCUUCAAUGGCUUUAUAUGAUUGCAAGGAACGCAAAAAAGUUUCUGAAACAUUCUAUUUUGAUCUAAACCCUGAGUCUUUGAAGAGGAUGCUAGGUGGACAUGUUCCCUAUUCUGAUACUAGUUCUUUGGCAAGGGGUUGUAUUUUUAAUAUUUCAAACCCCUCCCCAGACUUGUUUAUUGUAAUUCGUCUGGAAAAAGUGCUUCAAGGAGAUUUGAGUGAAUGUGUGGAGCCCUAUUUGAAAGAAGAUAAGAACCAGGAUAAGUUGAAGUCUAUUGCUGUUUCUGUAUGUGAGAGGUUGGGGAAGUAUAGACAAGCUUUUGCUUGGACUGCAGUGAAUCUGUUCAAUGUGAUAAAUGGUGGGAAUUCUCUAGAAAGAGACAAUGAUAGAGAUUCCAUGGGGAGUGGAUCCAACACAAACAGUCUUGAUCGGAAGUCUUCUGCCAGCGGCUUGGAACAGUUAAGGAGAAAAGCUGCCGACAUGGGCUCCCUGACCAGACGGGGCUCCCUGGAGCGCCAGAACAAGCGAAGAUCGUGGUCCCCCGACCAUCUAGCCACCAGUCUGGACUCCUUCAGGCCCAUCACACUAACCAUGGCCUCCUUCUUCAAGCAGGAGGCCGACAAACUGAAGGACGAGGACCUCUACAAGAGCCUGCAGGAGCUGAAAAGGCCGACGCUGGUGCUGAAGAAGAUGAAGUGCAUUCCGGCCACGCUGAAGCUGGAGAUCUCUCCUUGUCCGGUGGAACUGAAGCAUUGUUUGACCACCGAGAUGGCCAAGCUGCGGCCCUAUCCUGACGAGAAGAGCAGGCCGACCAAAGAGCUCCUAGAAUUCCCGAUCAAGGACAUCCAAGUGCCGCAUUACACCUACCGGAACCUACUUUUCGUCAGUCCCAAGGAGUUGAAUUUCUCCAAUCGAACUGGGUCUGCAAGGAACCUGGCGGUUCGUAUCCAGCUGAUGGCUGGUGAGGAGGAGAAGCAUGCUUUGUACAGCAUCUUCGGCAAGUCGAGCUGUCCGGAGACCACCAACGAGGCGUUUUCAGCCGUGACUUACCAUUGCAAGACGCCGGUGUUUUAUGACGAGGUGAAGGUGAAGCUGCCCGCAGCUUUGGCUGACAAUCAUCAUUUGCUUUUCACGUUCUAUCACAUUUCCUGUCAGAAAAAGUUGGAGCAGAACGCGGUGGAUAGUCCGGUUGGGUAUACUUGGCUCCCUCUGCUGAGAGACGGCCGCCUGGUGUCGGGCGACUUCUGCCUGCCCGUCAUGCUGGAGCCGCCCCCUCGCAACUACAGCUACAUCCCGCCCGACGUGUGUCUGCCCGGCACACGCUGGCUGGACAACCACAAGGGUCUGUUCUCGGUGGCCUUGGACGCCGCCUCUAGCGUCCAUGCGCAUGAUCCGCCCGUGGAACGAUUUUUCGCCGCUUAUGAUUUUGUGCAUACGGGCGUUAUUCCGCAAAGGUUGGGCGAGGUGGGGUCGGAGAACGAAUUGAGGGCAGCAAUGUUGGGUCUAUCAGGCGCCAAUCCUGAAACCAUCAUCAAAUUUCUACCCCUCAUUUUCGACUGUAUCAUGGAGCUACUCGUUCAACCUCCCAGACUGUCCGGCCAUAUGUUGAAUGUCGGCCAUGUCUGUUUCGAAGCUAUUUGUUCGCUAUUAGACAAAAUAUCGAACGUCCAAGAGCUCUCAGUGGACCAACACGGCCGCAACCAACUCUUGGCCACCUACAUCCAGUACCAGUGCAACAUGCCCCACCCCCUGUACAAUCAGCACCCCUCCGAGCACUCUGAAAGCUCCACCCUGACCAGAAGCACCUCCAAUCCGGACCUGGAGGUGGCCCAAGUGCAGUCCAGAGGCAUCGAUAGGGCAGCGAGCAUGCGCGUCCAGACCAACGAACCUAUCAGCCCCAAUAGCUCUUCUUGUCACCGGAUUGUGCACCAGGAAUUGGCCUUGCAAUGGGUGGUUUCCAGCGGCAGACCCAAGGAUUUGGCCAUGCAGAACGCUUGGUUCUUGUUCGAGCUGAUAGUCAAGAGCAUGGUGGAACAUUUGGCGCAUACCAGGUUCUUGGAUGCGCCGAGGAAGAUCAGGUUCUCCGAGCAAUUUCUGGACGACGUUUCGACUCUAGUGCAUACUGUCACGGCGGAGAUUAUAGCACACUCUACCGGCGAGACUCGCAAGGCUCACAAGCUCAAUGCGGCUUUGGCGUUCUUUUUCUUCGAUUUGUUGUCUAUCGCCGAUCGUGGGUGGGUGUUUCAGCUGUUGAGGUCCUACAACAAGCAGCUACAGGCCAAGAUCGCAUCCAUACAGGAUUCGGUGCUGGUCGAACUGAAACUGGAAUUCGCGCGGAUAAUCUGCAGCCACGAACACUACGUGGCCUUAAACUUGCCGUUCGCCUCCCCUUUCAUGUCGACGGGGACCAACGUGUCACCUAGUCCCAGCGUGACGAGCUCCACCAGUCAGAAUUCGUUCUUGUCUGGGGCCCCGCCCAGUCAAGAGAGGGCCAGUACGUUCGCCGAGCUCUCGACAGAGUACAGGCAACAUCACUAUUUGUCAGGAAUCGUGCAGACAGAUUUGGCAACGGUGCUUUUAGACAUGCAUCAAUCCUCGCUGCAUAGUAAAGCUGUAGACACUGUCCGUCACCUGCUUUCUUGGCAUGACAGCGAUCCCCGCUACAGCUCCCCUGAAGCUAAGCAAAGAGUUGCAGCGCUAUAUUUUCCGCUGCUAUCCAUAGCAAUGGACGUGCUUCCGUUGCUCCACCAUUUUCAAGCUGACAAAUCGCAGUACAGCAACGAGGAAAUGGCCGCCAACAACAUCAACCAAACCGUAGCAAUGGCUAUCGCAGGAAAGUUGCCUCCCAGCACUUGCGAUAGUUUUCCAACGUUGCAGUCGCGUAAGCUUGGCGUCACGGCAGACGUGACACGUAACAUACUGACCUGCGUGUUGUGGGUGUUGAAAAACGUCGAAAGGGACUCGCUGUCUCAAUGGCUGGGCGAGCUGUCCUCUUCACGACUGGCAACGUUGCUCCACCUGUUGGACGCGUGCACCAGUUGUUUCGAGUACAAACCUAGAAGGCGUGCCCCGCCUCCUUCUGGCUACGCACACGCGCAGGGUACGCAAGACAUGCGAUCGCGCUUAGAAGACGUCAUUCUCGGCCAGGGUUCGGCAAGGGAGAUGAUGCAGCGCAGAAAAGGUGUGGCUACGCAAGCGGCGACUGAAAAAGUGCGGUGGAGGAAGGAUCAGAUGAAUUACAGACCGGUGUCUGAACAGGUGGAUCGUCCUAAGGACGAUUUGAUGAACGAUGUGCAUCUCGAAGGUCAUUUCGCGACGGAGGCUUCUUUCAUUAUCCUGGAUACUUUGGAGCGAUGUGUUGCUACGAUUUCUCAGUGGGAUUCCCAGCAGCAUUUGGUGGGCUUGGCGCUGUCAGUGUUGCUGCAUGCUUUAGGAAAGAACCAAAGUACGACUGUCUUACCGCAUAUGUUUGCUUCUCAACGCAGCCUAGUGUUUAAGUUUCAUGGCGCUUUGUUUGACGAGGAGAGUACCCAUUGUGCAGAUCUUUGUCUAUUAUUGUUGAAACACUGCGGGUCUCAAAUAGCUUCGGUGCGGUCUCAAGCUGCUGCAUCAUUAUAUUUGUUGAUGAGACAUACUUUUCAAGUUGGCAAUAACUUUGCCAGAGUGAAGAUGCAAGUUACAAUGUCUCUGAGCAGCUUGGUAGGUACUUCUGCUUCCUUCAGCGAUGACUCUCUUCGUCGAUCACUGAAAACCAUCUUGGAGUACGGCGAAAGAGACAUGGAACUUCAAGAGACAACUUUUCCCGAGCAAGUCAGAGAUUUGGUGUUCAAUUUGCACAUGAUCCUGUCCGAUACUGUGAAGAUGAAAGAGUUCCAGGAAGAUCCGGAGAUGCUGCUGGAUCUGAUGUACAGGAUAGCGAAGGGGUAUCAGAAUUCGCCGGAUCUGAGGUUAACUUGGUUGGCCAACAUGGCGCAGAAGCACAUGGAGCGAGGGAAUCACACCGAAGCCGGAAUGUGUCUGGUACAUUCUGCCGCUUUGGUGGCUGAAUAUUUGGUUAUGCUGGAGUCUUUGCCUCAUCUGCCGUCUGGUGCAGCAGCUCUAGAACGAGUGAGCCCAAACGUUCUGGAAGAAAGCGCCGUAUCAGAUGAUGUUUUGAGCCCGGAAAGAGAAGGGGGAUGUUUGGGCUCCCAUUUCACCGAGGCUGGACUUUUAGGGUUGCUGGAGCACGCAGCUAGCAGCUUCAACGCAGCAGCUAUGUACGAACCCAUGAACGAUAUCUACAGAGUGUUGAUCCCCAUUGCUGAGAAUAAUAGGGAUUUCAAGAAACUAGCCAAUAUUCACGGGAAAUUACAUGAUGCCUAUACGAGGAUAGAUCAGCUUUCGGGGAAACGGAUGUUCGGAACUUAUUUCAGGGUGGGAUUUUACGGGUCGAAAUUCGGAGACUUGGACAGAGAGGAAUUCAUUUAUAAAGAGCCUACUCUGACCAAAUUACCGGAGAUUUUCAGCCGUUUGGAGAAUUUCUAUUCGGAGCGGUUCGGUGCCGAUAACGUGAUCAUCAUAAAGGACUCCAAUAUAGUCGAUUUGGGGUCCUUGGACCCAGAAAAAGCGUACAUACAAAUAACCUAUGUAGAGCCGUACUUCGAGCAAUAUGAACUCAGAUAUAGACAGACCCACUUUGAUAAGAACUUCAAUAUGAAGCGUUUUAUGUAUGCAACACCUUUCACAAUGACUGGGAAGGCUCAUGGUGAAUUACGUGAUCAGUAUAAGAGAAAGACCAUUCUGACCACUGCUGUACAUUUUCCAUACGUGAAAACGAGAAUACAAGUAGUUUCUCGCUCGCAGACAACUUUAACACCCAUAGAGGUCGCAAUUGAAGAUAUUCAGAAAAAGACCAUUGAGUUAGCAAGCGCCACGCAACAAGAACCGCCAGACCCUAAAAUCUUGCAGAUGGUGCUCCAAGGUUGUAUUGGCACCACUGUGAAUCAAGGCCCUUUGGAAAUGGCAAUUACUUUCCUGCCGGCUGACGGGAAAGCGCUAACCAAGCACCAGAAUAAGUUGAGGUUAUGUUUCAAGGAUUUCUCGAAAAAGUGUUUUGAUGCAUUGAGGAAAAAUAAAAAUUUGAUAGGACCCGACCAAAGAGAUUACCAAAGAGAACUGGAUAGAAAUUAUAAGAGAUUCAUCGAAAAAUUACAGCCAUUGGUGAAUCCGCAAAAUCUAACGAUUGUCAAUUCGAGCCCACAUAAGUUUCCCCACAGUGAAAAUUCUCCUUUGAGGUGGUAAAUUUGAAGGAUAGUUUUGAAAGUUUCAACCACAUUUAUUUUCGCACCCAGUUUAAUUAUUGUGAUCAAUUAUAUGACAUAAGACUAUUUAGAUUUAUGUAGAUUUAGGUAUUUGUAGGGAUAGGUAGGUACUAUAUUACAGCUAUUUUUUUUUAUUUUUAUAUAGUGUCAAAAAUAAAAAAUAUAUCUGGUGCAUAAUAAAAAUAAAUUAAGAACU